AUGCCUCCUGCAACCGGCACGCAUCAUCCAGCGGGAACUGAAGGGCUAGCUUAUCCUUCGCGGACUAUUGCUUUUCAAGCUGCGGCUAUGAUCACGGCCAUAGUGGAGAACUUGCAGGCUCACGACCAGCUUAAAUAUACACCCGCGUUCAUGUCAAUGCGCUCUUCGGUGGCGAGUGUUGUCUCCACCACCCAGGAGAGAAUUGGCAUCUGCAUGCAGGCUUUGAAGGAUGUUUCAAAAGUAUGGCUUGUUGCUAAGAUGGUGUUCACCCUGUUCGAAUCCAUCCUCGGUAACAAGGCCCUGGAAGAACGCCUCCAGAGAGCCGCAGGAAAACGACAUCAAAAACACAAGUCGAAGAAGGACGCUGCCUCUUCACUGACGAAGAAGCCGGAGCCUCCAAAACGAAAAUUUGAUGACCUGGAUAUUUCUAUUCCCAAUGGACCACCUGCUCAUCAGGUUUCCUAUGAACGAUCUCGGCCACAAACUCCCGCCGCCACACCUUCUAUACAACCCGCUCAGAUUGUUGCUCCGACUGCUCACCAGAUCUCACCACAACUCACCCAACAUCGGGGCUCGAAAGACGGCUUCCUGGGACCGUCUGGUCAUGGCGUCAACACACGCCCCACAUCGCCAUUUAACCCUUCCUUCUCCAUCCCUACAACUCCACCUGAUUUCUUCCUCGUCACGCGAAACUCACCUAACAUCUCCCACGCCCUCUGGGAGAACUUCCAGCCAGACCAACUCUUUCCUGACGGCACAAACAUCUCCGGAGGCGCCUUCUCGCCCUCGUCCGCGGGCGCCGUCGACCCCCAGCUGCACAUCUCGCAGCACCUGCAGAACGCAGGCAUCCCACCUUCACAGCAGCAGCAACAUCAGCCGCCGCCCCCGCAGCCGUCGCUGGGAAUCCACCCCGGCCAGCCGCAGCAGCCCCAGCAUCUCCCAGCCCGAGGUCCACGCGCACCGCAGGAGAGCCCCACCAUGAUGCAUGGCAUGCCGGGCCUGGGCGCCAUGCCCCAGCAGCAACAACAGCAACAACAGCAUCUACAGCCCGGCAUGCCAAUGCAGACUCAGCCCCAGCCCUGGAUGUUCGAUGGCAAUAUGCAUAUCGAUGCGUCGAGCCAGGACGACAAUUGGAGCAAUAGCUCGCGCGGGCAAGGGCCCGUUGUGCCGCCGACUUUGAAUGUCGAAGAUUGGUUUCAAUUUUUUGGCAUCAAUGGCAUUGAUAGCUUGGGAAUAGAUCAAAUGUGA